AUGUACGUCCCCGCCAAGAGCCAAGACGAACUUACAACCACGCCAGAAGGCCUUCGCGACACUUUGGAGCGAUAUGGCGUCGCCAUCAUCCCUGGAGUCUUGGACGACGAGGAAGUAGACGAAAUGAAACAAGGCUUUUGGCAAUUCUUGGGUCAACUCUCUGCCAACUGCAAAACGCCAAUCACACGUCAAAACAAGAAAACUUGGAGCACUUUUUACAGUUUCAAGCCCAUGAGAGGAAUGUUGAUGCAACACUGGGGCGUUGGCCAUGCCCAAGUACUAUGGAACCUCCGACAGAACCCAAAGAUUGUCGAUAUCUUUUCCACUCUUUGGAAUGUGCCCAGAGAGGAGCUGUUAGUCAGCUUUGAUGGUGCAUCCUUUGCUUUCCCCCACGAAUCGACGAAAGUGGGUGAAUUUGACGGCACGGACAAAUUCCACGUCGACCAAGCGCCCACGAGGCCAUCGUUUCAAUGUGUUCAGAGUUGGGUGACUGCGCACGACGUGAGACCUGGCGACUCCACCCUUUCUGUAAUCGAAGGCAGCCACAAGCUUUUGGGCGAGUUUUGUGAAACGUUCAACAAGGAGCACAUAACCUGGGAUUGGUAUAUGCUGAAAGAGGACGAAGUGGAGUGGUACAAGCGCCAAGGAUGCGUCGUGAGGGACAUAACCUGCCCAGCGGGGUCGAUGGUGUUCUGGGACAGCCGGUCCAUACAUUAUGGCAAGAGCGCUCUGAAGGACCGCCCACAACGCAACUUCCGCGCUGUGGCUUAUCUUUGCUACACCCCUCGCUCCUUUGCCACUGAGGAUGCACUUGCCACGAAGCGGGAUGCCUUUUCAUGGCAAGCAACUACCAGUCAUUGCCCUCAUGACCCCCGCCUGUUCAAAUUCAAGCCGAAGUAUUUCAAGACGAAAAUGAACGUUCAAAUACCACCGCCCAAGCUGACACCGCUAGGACGGUCGCUGGCUGGUUUUGUCGACAACGAAAUGAAUUAG